AUGCCGUUUGCAGCCUCGCGCAUCAAGACAUCCGGGAAGAAAUCGAAGAAAGGCAAACUUGUUCGGACUCCGGUGAAUGGUACGUCAGGUCCUUCCAGCUCCGCUGCGGCUGCGGCUGCGGCUGCGGUGGUGAAAGUCAAGGUGAAGCGAAAGAAGGCAAAGCCACAAAAGCCUGAGACCGAAGACCUUGGAAGACCAAAGUGCCAACCGUCGAGGGCGCUGCGGAAGUUCAAAGGGAAGCCUGCGCCUUCGCCCUUUUCGUCACUGCCGCCACCUGUGGAGCCGUUGGCACCGAGCUUCGCACCUUCCCUGGAGGGCGAAGCAUUGGCCUCCGCACGCACGUUGGUGGCGGAAUUGGCGAUUCGAGGCCAAGAAGCCUGCGAGGUGCGGCUGCGCUCCGUCGCGAACCCGACGAGCGCGACGCCGCGGCCCGAGCUGGGGCCCGCGCUGGCGCAUUGCGCCGAGCGAGGGCUGGAGGCGUGUGUUCAGCUUUUGCUGCAGAAGCGAGCCAUGGCGGAUUCCUGUGGACUGCGUAACCUGGCGAACCAGGCAGUGCUGGGCAAGCGCACGGCUUUGCAGCUGGCAGCAGAGAACGGUCAUACACCAGUGUGUCGCCUCUUGCUGCAGGCCGGCAGCAAUGGCUUUGGGCUUGCAGGUGCCAUUCAAAAGCUGAAAAGCUAUGGGCAGCUCUUCGACCGCGAAGUGCGAGAACUCGAAGGGAUGAACGUGCAGAGCUCGCAGCGCGCGCGAAGCGGAAAAGACCCAUGGACUCGUGGGACUCGACAUUCCAAACCAUCCAUGGAACUGGAAUAG